AUGUUCCCUAGUGGCCUGGACAGAAAAGUAGUGGAGCAAGGAGGCUGCGAUCGAUUUCAUACUCUUCGUGAAAUCACUAUGAUGAAGAUGAUCAACACAGUCACGGAGCAGGAUGACUGGCAUCUCAAGAUCUCGGACGCAAAAUGGGUUCAUCGGUGCAAAUUGGAUCUUAAGAGACGAGUGAAAGAUGUCACUUCGCCCAUGCUCAAAUGGGUACUCGAUGAAUGUCGCUGGAGGGCAUUUCUCUUCCGACAAUCAGGAUCCACCUCCACCCUGGUUUUUGACGCAUUUGUCAAAUCAGACAACCAGAUUUCUAUUGAGCUAAGUGAGAGAUUGAAAGAGCUAGUGAAAACGCUUGAGGAGAAGUUCGGUAGACAAGAGUCCUCUACGAGCCAGUUGAUUGUCGACCCCUCCAGAUACCCCCUAGCCUACGGUCGUACAAGAGUUCUUCUUGAUAACAUCAUCAACAUCGACAACUGUCUCAUAUCAAUCGGAAAAGGGACCCCUAUCUUCCUACAUGAGGCCAAUCGUACCGCAACCUCGUCAGAAGACCAUCUGCAAACCGCGCCCACCUCGCCAGGACCACCACCGCCAGAGUAUGACCGAUGGGGCCACCGAAUCGAGUCCAAGCCAUACAGCUGGUGUGAUGAAAAUUUUCAACUUCUACCGUGUGAUCUAUCACUUCAGAAUGGUCUGUGGUGCAUCACAUCCUACAUCAAUGAUCUCCACCCUGUGCAGCAUCGACAACUCUACACCACGCUAGAGGAGAUUAUCAACCAAUGCGUGCAGCCUUGGAACGAGUGCCUUGCACAGUGGAGCGUGCGAUGGAAUCGCGUUCCACUCUCACGAGUUGUAUUCACUCCUCGUUUGAGAAAUCUCGUUGUGCCUGAAGGUUUGUAUGAUGACCGAGUGUUGGACUGGAUCGAUUGUAAAGUUGAUCAGUGGAGGGAACGUCGGUCUAUCAAGUUUCCAGAACCUGGCGAAUUUGAUAGCUCCAAGAUUCCUAAACCAAAGCACAAUCUGGUUGAGAAGUUUGGCCACUCUGGAAUGCAAGUUCUUGUUCAGCUAGGAGCAGUUCUCCUCGAACCACCGAAAACGAGCGGUCCAGAACGGAGGGUCCUAAACCGGGGUCAGUGGCAUUUGCAGGGACACUUAAAUGAGCAUAUCUGUGCGACUGCUGUCUAUUGUUAUGGCCUAGAUAAUGUUGUUAGUCAUUACUUCGAGUUUCGUCAACGUUCGGACGAGGGGAAAAAGGUCCUCGACAGCCACGGGUAUGAGCAUCACCAAAUCUGGGCCGAUGUUUGUCGGGAAGUAUUUGGCUAUCAAAUGAACGGCGAUGACUUGACCGUAUUUCAACGCCUUGGUCAUAUUUCAGUUGGCGCCGGUCGGCUGGUGGCUUUCCCAAACACUUUGGAGAUUCGAAGUGUGUACUUGCUCAGGGAUGAAUCAAAACCUGGUCACUGUCAUAUCCUGACCCUUUGUUUGGUCGACCCACACAUGCGGAUUAUUUCUACUGCCAAUGUCCCCCCUCAGCAACCAAAAUGGUGGGCCCCGAGAAAGCAACUGAUCCACGUGCUUCUUCGAUCCAAACUCCCUCAAGAACUCGUGGAUAUGGUGUUGCAGAAUCUCCGCGAUCUGGCAGAUGGUCCUAUGUCCCCCGAGGAGCACAAAUCUGUCAUGGAUGACUUCUUGAAAAGCAGAAGGAAGUUGGAGAGCAACCAAAAAAAAGAACUUCGGGCUUCCAAGACAACAUAA